AUGGAUUCAACUUUAAGUAAAAUAAAUAAUAUGGCUGAAAAAGCAAUGUUGGAAUUAUAGAAGUAGCCACUUAUAACAUGGAAUCCUAGUUGCUUAAAUACUUUUAAAUAUGUAUUAAAUUGCUCUAACAGAUAUUAGAUAAAUUAAAAUCAUGUGUUGAAGAAGUGAGUUUUAAUUUGAUGAGUAAGGAUCUCAACUCUGAAGCAUCAUUAUUAUAAAAAUUAUCAACAAAUUAUUCUAUUGUUUUUGAUAAGGUGCUUGAGAUUAAUUCAAGAAAAAUAGUGAAUGCUCCUGAAUUACCUAUUGAAUAUUGUUAAAGAUAACCUAAUUCUACAAGAACUGUUUUAGGUGGAACAGAAGUGUAGAAUUUUAGUAAUUCAUUGUUAAUAUAAUUUAGAGAUAUAUUCUUAGAAACAGUCAGAUUUUAUAGAAGCUGAAUAAACAUUUAAGAUGAAUAAACAAAAGGUUUUUAGAAAAAUGGAAAAUAAAAGUACAAGUACUAGUGAUGAUGCCAUGAUUAAAUUGUUUUAAGGGAACAUAUAAAAUGAGACAGAAAAAGAGUUGUUGAGAAUUCAAGAAGAAAAUGAAGCUAAUUUGAUUGAUUUAAGAAAAUAAUUAAAGUUAAAAGGAAUGUGGUCAGAAAUUACUAGUAGUCAUGCUACUUAAAAAUUGAAUGAUCUUAAUAGACAUAUGGAGAGAGAAACUUUUAAAAAUGAUUUAUACAUAACUGAUUAAAUUAAAUAAGCCAAUGAAAUUAAAGAUGAUGAAGAAUUUGAUAUAAAAAAAGAAGUUAAAGAUAAGAUAUUGUUAGUUUAAAGAAAAACAGCAGAAAGAAUAAUGAGAGCAGCAGAAAGAAAAAUUAGACUUGAAUAUGAUUCAUUUGUAAUGAAAAAAACAGCAGGUAUUUUAGUAAAAAAGAGUAAAACGUAAAAUUUUUAAAGAAUUGAAGAAUUAGAGAGAUUAAUAAAAGAUAAGAAUGAAUAAAUAGUUGAAAAGGAAGCAAAAAUUAAUUAAUUAUUUUAAAAAUUUGAAGAAUAAGAAAAGAAAUUUGCAAGUUUAUUAAAAUAGAUUGAUAAUUAUAAAGUAACUUAAAAGAUAGAAGUAUGUAAUACAAUAGUAUCUAAAAAUGGAAAGAAAUCAGAUGUUGAAGUAUAGGUUUCUAUGAUGGAUCCAAGAGUAGAAUUAUUUGAAUUGAGAUUAUAAGAAAUGAUGGAGGAAAAUGAUGAAAUGAAAGAUGAAUUAAAAUUAUUACAUGAAAAAGCUUUAGAAGAUAAGAUGUAAAGUUUAAAUGGACCAAAAUAAAUAGAAGAAGUCUUAUUAUUAUUAUUAUAAAGUGAUUUAUCACCUGAUAAUAAAAUAAUAUCACUUAAUACUUUAUUAUAAUAUAUAAAAGAUAAUUCAGCUGAAGAUAUUGCAAGAUUGGCACCAAAUGAAUUAUAUCGUAUAGUGAGAUCAAAAUUAAAAUUUAAUUGUGAAUCUCCUUUAGAGAAACUUGAUGAAUUAUCUGGAGAUGAAGAUGAUAGUUAUGAAUAAUAAUCAAUUACAAAGAAAAGAGGAAGAAAUAAAAAGAAAAGAAUAAGUCAUAUUGAAAAACCAUUUGAUGCUUAGAUACAAGAAUAAAUAGAUCUUGAUAAAAUUGCUACAUAAAGAAGAUUAGCUUAAUCAGAAACAGAUGAUGAAUCUAGUAAAAUAUAGAAAAAAUAAAUAAUUUAAUUAAAUCAGAUAGAUGAUAUAACUAAAAAAACUAAUGUUAAUAAAUUAAUUGAAUAAGUUAGUAGUCCUAAAUCUACAAAUAGAUCUAAUAUAACAUUUAGAUAGAAGUAGGGAUAUUUAAAAACUAAUAGAAAUAAUAGUGCUAUAAAUAAUGAUAGUUCAAAAAAGGAUUAAAAUUCUUCAUCUGGAUAAUUUGGAAUUUAAAAUAGUAGAUAAACACUUACUUAAUUGGAAACAAAAAGUAAUAAAUAAUCUUUUACUAAUUUCUCUGCUAAAGAAUUGACUAAUUAAAAAGGAGAAAAACAACAUAAAAAACCAUCUAUUAUGGAUUAAAGUGAUAUUUAAUGUGAUUUUUAUAAGUAAAAUAAAACUAAAGAUAUUGGUAUAUAAGUAUCAUUUAAAUAAGAGACUUAGAUACCUAUUUAAUAAUAAUAAUAAAAACCUAUUUAAUUACCUAUUUAAUAACCAUAAUAAUAAGAAUAAAAGGAAAAAAUAGAAGAAUAAACAAAAAAACUUAAUGAAUCAUAAAUUUAUAGAGCAAAAGCAGAAUCUAUUUCACAAAAGAUUACUUAAACAGAUGAUUUCUUUUUAUGGAAUCUUUUUUAGAAAAUGGCAGGUGAUCUUAAUUUUACAGAAGAUUAAUUAAAAAAAUUAGAAACUGUAUUUUUAAAUGAAUAAUAAUUUAUUCAUUUUUAUGAAAAAACAUAAUCUUAAAAAUAGAUAUCUAGAAAUUCUACAUUAUAAGUUGAUACUUUAGGAGAUUAUAAAAGAGAUAGUUUAAAGAAUCUUGAUAAAAGUAUAGGAAUUAGAAAUUCUAUUAAACUUAGAACAAGUAGUUAAUAGAAUAUUUAUACAAAUAAUGAAAUAUUAGAUAAUUUUGCUUAUUAAAAAAAUGAAAUAGGAGAAGAUGAUUAAUAAAAAAAUUAAAAUACAUAACCAACUUCAUGGCAUUCACCAGUUGUAAGUAGACAAUAAAGUUAAAUAGUAUUUUCAGGUAUUUAAAAUUUAAAUAAUAAUUUUGGAUAAAUAAAUUAACCUUGGAGUCCAAAUGGAAUAGGAAAUGGAUUAAGAUCAAAUAGUCCUAUGAAUCCAAAUUCAAGUUAAGGUAUGAGAAGUGUUAGUCAACUUAUAAAUACUGGAGAUAAUGUUCAUAUAAUUACUUAUGGUACUGUAUCUCCAUCUGAUUAAAUUAAUAAAAAUAAACAUCGAACAACAUCUUCAAGUUAGAAACUUUUAGAUGAUAUGUUGAAAUCUAAAACUUAAAUUCUAAAAUCACCAGAAUAAUAAUAAAGAGAAUAAAAAGAAUAGCAAUUAUUCUUUUCUGUAUUUGGUGAUGAACUAUAAAAUGAUGAAGAAUUUGAUUUAGAAGUAAUUAGAUAAAAUAUGGGAAAGCCAUUGGAAGUAAUUUAGGAUCAUAUGAAAGAAGAAUCUAUAAAAAAGAUAUUUACAUAAUUGGCUUAAAAGGAAAAAAAUGAAUGGAAAGAUAAAGUAUUUUUAAUUAUAUCAAAUUAUUGUAAUAAGAGUGUUCAAACUAUCACUUAUUUUGAUUUCAAAAAAUAUUAUGAAAAUUAUAUGAGAGUAAUAAUAUCUAAUUAUAUAUUUAAGGUACAUAAAAGAUGUGGUGAUGAAUGCAUACACAUUAAAAGGUUUUUAGCUAGAAUUGGAUUUGGAUUUAUUAGUAAAAGAAAAAUCUUAAAUAUGUCUAAAUAAAGUGUAUCUCCAUUUGAAUAAUUACCUAAACUUAAAUGA